UCUAAGUUUUUAGGUUAGAUUAGAGGUAAACAAACGUUUACACUGAGAACUCCAAUCUUGAAGUUUUAAUCUUGUUUCCAUCUCAAACUAAUACAAUGUUUACUUAUCUUGCUUGAACUUGCCCGUGUUCUUUUAGGUUUGAACGGCUGAGUUGAAUUAAUUGAGAACAGCGGUUAUUUAAAAUUGUAAUACACCGUAUUCAUUACUUACUCACUAUCGUAAGUACCAGCACCAACUACUUAGACGUUCUAUAGGUUCACUAUCCUUACAUCUUUUUUUACCUGUAAGAAAAGGAUCUUGAAGUUUUUUUCUAAAGUUUUACUCAUGAGGCGUUGUGACUGAUUUAACAGGUUAGCAUCAUGAUCACCCUGUAGCCAACGUUUUGAUUACAACGAAAAACAUGAUUUCCGAGACGGGCAAUUCUAGAGGAGUCAUCCUGACAUCUGCUCUUGUCGUUCCAGCGCUUUCAAAUCAUUUGAGGCUGGUGCCUUAGGCCUUGAAGCAAACUAUCAGGAUAUUGCUACCCCAUGACAAAGGCAAUCGGCAGUAUGACCCCAUUACCGGACAUUGAAAGACUGUGCACAAAAGAAGAGGGGUCAUCCACUUCCCCUAAACCUGUUAUUAAUUAUGAGCCUGGAGUAAGUAAUGAUGUUGAGGUUCUCAAUGUCAGGGAUAGUGUCUACAUGCAGAACACUGUUUUGUCAAAUGAGCAGGAAUUAGUAGGUAAUGAGAUUGAUGUUAAAAGUGCAGAGACUUCUCGAAACACUUGUUAUGAAUGUGCCAGUUGUCGAACCAAAGUUCAGAGCAAAAGUAAGCUGAUCUGUCAUUUCAAAGAAAAGCAUAAUUUUCUUGAAGACUGUGGAAGUAACAUAAGAGCUGAAAUACAUAAGUGCGAUGUUUGCAAUAAAAUUUAUACCCAUAAAAGUAGUUUAAUGAAGCACAAUAAGUUAAAGCAUAAUCUAAGUGUAGAAAAGACGUUUAAAUGUGCUGAGUGUCCAUCUAUGUUUAAUUGUGUCUACAACUUGAAUGCUCACAGAAAAAAGAAACAUCCAAAAGAGGAGUCAAAUUCUGAAGAAGAAAUUGUGUAUGAAACUCUCUCAGGUGACAAAGUUGUAGUAAAAAAGAAUAAAAAAAAGUCGUUCCUCUGUAAAAUGUGUGGCAAGAAGUUUAGUCAUUUGAGUGGGCUGAGCUACCACAAAAAGAAAAAGCAUGGUUCUGUCGUUGAUAGACCUUAUGAGUGUUCACAAUGUGAUGCCAAAUACGCCAUGAAACGUUCACUCCACCAACAUCUUCGAAAAAUGCAUGGCUUAGGUCCCUCAAGGCAAUCAAAAUUUUCUAAACCUUCCAUAAAGUGUGUUUUAUGUUCAACAACUUUUGUGACGAGCUCCCUCCUGUGCCAACACUAUACCCAUUCGCAUCAAGUCAACAUUGAGUCAGAAAAUUUAGAAUUUUCAUCCUACAGUCUCUUCCAAAAUUGGAAACACAAUUUUGAAAGAGAAACAAAUGAAAAAUUUAUCCUUGAAAGAGGCUGUCAAAUCUCUAAAGCCAAAACAAAGAAAUUUCGAUUCUUGUGCCAUCGCUCCGGACACUUUGUAAGGAAGGGCAGCAUCAGAAAAUUAAAAAAUCAAGGAAGUAAGAAAAUGAAUGCUCACUGCCCUGCAAUGAUGACGGUUUCCGAAUUUGCAAGUGGCAUUUGUAAAGUCUAUUUGUUAAAAACUCAUGUCGGUCACACUGCUGAUCUAUGUCACAUUUUUUUGACUCCCUCAGAUCGCAGAAAAAUAGCUGAUCAAAUCGCAUCUAAAGUAUCUUUUGAUGAAAUAUUGGAUAAUAUAAGGCAAUCUGUCGAUGGCAUGCCAUCAGAAAGGCUUCACCUUUUGAAGAGAAAAGACCUUCACAAUAUCGAGAAAGAGUUCAGUUUAGCAGGAGAAACUGAAAAGCUUCAAAAUGAUGCUGUCAGUAUUCAUUCUUGGGUAAACAGUGUUUCCAAUCAGGCUGAUCCCUGUGUCCUAUUUUACAAACCACAGGGUCAGACACUAGAUAUUCCUAAUACCACUCUGAAAGAUGACGAUUUUAUCCUUAUUUUAAUGAAUUCCUCCCAGAGCCAACUGUUACUGAAAUAUGGUAAAGAUAAAAUUGUCUUAGAUGGAACUUACACCUCGGAUAGUGAUUUCCAGCUGAUCACCAUACUUGUAAUUGAUGAUGUAGGUCAUAGCUUUCCUGCGGCUUUUCUAGUGUCCAAUAGAAUUAAUGUAGACAUUCUCUUAUUCUUAUUUCAUCAAAUAAAAUCCAAAGUAGGAACAUUAGUGCCAAAUAUUCUAAUGUAUGAUAUUGAUGAGCAAUAUUAUUUUGCUUGGGCUGAAGUCAUGGGACAACCUUCCUCCAGAUUUUGGAGCCCCUGGCAAGUUGAUGCCUCAUGGCGUAAAAAUAUUAAACGCAAAAUAAGCUCCAAUAAUAAACGAGCGGAAGUUUACAAAACACUGAGGGUUUUGUAUCAAGAGGCUACCACGGAUUCAUUCUUAAAAACUUUAAACAAAUUUGUUGAAAAUCUUUCACUAGAUCUUUCCCUUGAAGAGUUUAGAUCUUAUUUCUCCCAAUUUGUAAAUAAUGUUGAACAAUGGGCCUCAUGCUUCCGAGUAAAGUAUGGCAUCAUUAUUGACACUCACAUGGAACGUAUGCAUCGCACAUUACGACAUAUAUUUGUCAAGGGUAGAAGACUAAAAGAGCUUGAUAAAGUAAUAAUAGCGCUAAUGAAAUUAGUGCAUGACAAACUCUACCACGGAGAUCUCAUUUUGCAGAAAGGAAAUGUAAAUGCUAAAAUAAGUAUAAUCAAAAAUAGGCAUCGUAAAUCAUUGUCACUCCUCGCCAAUACUGUCAUAGAAUCUCCCAAAGGAUGGCAAGUUCCAUCCUCUGUUGAUGAUUAUUCAGAGCUUUGUUUUGUUUCUAGAAACCCCAAAAAGCAGGUAUGUGCUUGCAAGUUGGUCUGCGAUGAUUGUCAGGCGUGCAUUCAUAUUUAUCAUUGUGAGUGCAUAGACUCUUCAAUUUUAGGUAAUAUGUGUGAACACAUACACCUUGUGUGUAGAUAUUUACAACAUUCCGAGCCGGCUCAACCAGCUCAGACGCUUAACACUGUUGAAAGACUAAACCCCAUUGAUCAGUUAUCGACUGUCGUUGAAAUGCCCCCUGUUGCGCAGUUAAAUGAAGUUGAACCAAUGAUACCAGUCGACCAAAUAACGUCGGUUGAGUCGCAUAUUAAUUCUCAUACCAUCUCCACUCUACAAAGUGUAGAUACUGUACCAAAUUUGAUGGCAGUUGAUUCUUAUGAGAUUUAUGUCUUGCCAGAGUUAUCAUCUGAACUUCCAAGUCUGAUGCAGAGGAAAGAAAAUGUUAUAACUUUGUUUUUGGAGGCAGUCAACUCAGUCUCCAGCUAUGAAGAUAUGGAUUUAAUUGAGAGGGCCACCUCUGAUUUGGUCAGUUCAUUGGCAACUGUUAAUUCUUAUUCUGCUCAAAUUAAUUAAUGAACACUCACCAUCAAUUGGUUCAUCUGUUUGUGAUAAUGUGGCUAAUCAGUGAUAGGUACUUAAUUAUUUUCAAAGAAGAGCAUGUUUUGAUUAUUGUCAGUAGGUAACUUCCAAGUAAUUCUGAAAAAAUUCUAUUCAUACCACUUCUGGUGUUUUUAAAUCUCUAUGUUUGUUCGGUCAACUUGUGAAGGUCAGUUUUGAAAGUAAAAAUUUGAAUUUUGUUGGCAUCAAUAGUUUUUAACAAGAAUGAAAAGUGCUCUUACUUGAGAAAUAGCCUAAUUAAAUACUUUACCAUUUUAAUAAUUUUACUUGUACUUAUCAAGAUAAGAUGUAAAUUAUAAUAUUCUGAAGCUGUGAAUGUUUCAGUAUAUGAAUGUACAGCACAUUUAUUUUUUUUUAAAAAUUACAUCGGUAAGUUGUGAUUUCUUGGUGCUAGUUAUGUAUUUUUAUAGUGUACUGUGGAGUGUGGACAGCUCCCACCUUCUUCCCAUUAAAUUAAUGUUUCAGACAAUGUUGCAAUUACUAUAUCAAAUAUUGAAGUUCAAAAACGAGCUAUUUUGCAGAUGGCGACAAAAAAGUUCAUACUCACUAUUUGCCCCUCGUUUAUAUUCCUUCAUUUAAAAGAUAAUGGUCUCUUAUUAUCAUCUGAAAUUUUGUAUCCUUGUUGUAAAGUAAUCCUCCUGGACAAGUACUCGUUAGUUUCCUAUGGAAAGAGCAGAAUACUCUGACAGGCUAAAUUUUUUGUAAGGUCAUAAUUGUGAAGACUAGAGAGCCUCUCAGAACGAAAGCCUCUCCAUCUCAUUCUUAGGAGGACUAGGCAGUAAAUUUAAAUUGUUCGCUAGAAGUUUUUAUUUCCAGCUUUUUGACACUGGAGUGAAUCUUUUCCUCUUAUUUCUGUUUAUAACUAAAACAGAUCUCUCAGUAAUCGUCUUUUCCAGAUUUUAAAAAAUCUCUGGGCCAGUCCAGCCUUCCUCCCCUCCCUGCCCCCAGUGGCGAUUUUUCCAGAAAAACCCUGCAUUUUUCCAGCCCUGACUCAGGUUGACAGAUGGUGACAAGACUAAUCACAAUGAACAUAAUGACUUUCUCUCACUGCAUCUAUCACUGUGUGUCAGUUGUGUAAAUAACUGAUGUGCUGAUAUGUAGCCAUGGCAAAUCCUAUUCUCAAAGAGGGAGGACUGGGACUGAAUAAGUGAGCAAGAAUACCGCCCCAUUGGUGUUUUCUAUUUGACCGUAAGGAGACAAACUGGUCUAAAAUCACCUUAAAUAUCGACCGUUCCCGCCGUCCUGUCUAACCUUACUUUGCUCUCGAAGCAUAGCACUACAUGGAAGUGCAGUCGUUUUAUUUCAAUGAAGAAUAUCUUGAAAUUACGUAGUCUUUAAAACUUUAUCACAUCACAAUUUUGUACAUUUGCCACGUGUUUUCAUUUUGUAAUUAUAGAUAAGACUUGUUACAUUCUUCUGUAGUCUAACAGAAAAAUUCAACCACACUUAUGUGACAUCUAUAAUUAUUUAUUAAUUUUUCUACCUAUGAUUGUGGUGUGAUGAUCAACAACUCGCAGUGUGUUGAGUAUAACUUGGUAUUGUACCUGCCUAUUAUGCUUGUAUUGAAAUAAAAUGUUGAAUAGUAUACCAACCAUC